GCGGACACGACAGUAAAUGUGAUGUAUCGGCAUUUCCUGUCCCCGGUAAAACCCGCAAUAUUCUAAGACGUCGCACACGGGACUUAAGAUCCGGGAAGGGACGCUGUGACCCCGGUGCGAGCCCGCAAACCUGCGUCAGAGGCCGGGCUUCAGGAAUGAGACGGUGUCGCUGAGGAUUUUUACUUUUCUUCGAGAUUGACUCGAGGCUUGCGUGGAGCAGUCGGGCGGCGGUGGCAUGGCCUUGUCGUUUUGCGGCAACGACCCGGGUAUCAACUCCUACAGCGUGGACUCGGGCGUGCUGAACAAUGGCUGCUUCGUGGACGCUCUCAACCUGGUUCCCCAUGUCUUCCUGCUCUUCAUCACCUUCCCCAUCCUCUUCAUCGGUUGGGGCAGUCAGAGCUCCAAAGUCCAGAUCCAUCACAACACAUGGCUUCAUUUCCCCGGACACAACAUGAGAUGGAUCCUCACCUUCUCGCUGCUCUUUGUCCACGUGUGCGAGUUCGCAGAGGGCAUCGUCUCCAACAAGAUGAUGGACACCAACCACCUCCAUCUCUUCAUGCCAGCCUUCAUGGGGUUCGUCGCAGCCACGACGUCAGUGGUUUACUACCACAACAUCGAGACAUCCAACUUCCCCAAACUGCUGCUGGUCCUGUUCAUCUACUGGGUGCUGGCGUUCAUCACAAAGACCAUUAAGCUGUGGAAGUUUGCAGUGUACGAUGUUGGACCUCAGCACCUGCGGUUCUGCAUCACAGCCCUAUUAGUGAUCCUGUACGGACUGCUGAUGGCCGUGGAGAUCAAUGUCAUAAGAAUCAGAAAAUAUGUGUUCUUUGCCAACCCCCAGAAGGUGAAACCACCAGAGGAUUUGCAGGAUUUGGGGGUUCGCUUUCUGCAGCCGUUUGUCAACCUGCUGUCUAAGGCGACAUACUGGUGGAUGAAUCCUCUCAUCAUUGGAGCCCAUAAGAGGCCCAUAGAGCUGAAGAAGAUCGGCAAGCUGCCCAUCGCCAUGAGAGCCCUCACCAACUACCUACGGCUCAAAGAUGCUUACGAGGAUCAAAGGACACCUGAGGACCCGAAUCGAGCCCCGUCAAUCUGGCUCUCCAUGUACCGAGCGUUUGGUCGUCCCAUCCUGCUCAGCAGCACUUUCCGUUACCUGGCCGACCUGCUGGGUUUCGUCGGGCCGCUCUGCAUCUCUGGCAUCGUAAAGUACAUGCAGAAUGGAACACAUACUGCACCGCCGGACAAGAUCAAGGGCACAUUUUUAGGCGUGUACUUCAUGUCUACCACUGAGCUGCUGCAGAACACCUCAGUCCUGGCCGUGCUUCUCUUCCUGGCUUUAAUCCUGCAGAGGACCUUCCUACAGGCCUCGUACUACGUCACCAUAGAGACCGGCAUCAACCUGCGGGGAGCCCUGCUGGCGAUGAUUUACAACAAGAUCCUGCGUCUGUCCACCUCCAACAUGUCCAUGGGAGAGAUGACACUGGGGCAGAUCAACAACCUGGUUGCCAUAGAGACCAACCAGCUGAUGUGGUUCCUCUUCCUCUGCCCCAACCUGUGGGCCAUGCCUGUGCAGAUUGUGAUGGGAGUGAUCCUGCUCUACUAUUUGUUGGGCUGCAGUGCUUUGGUUGGAGCAGCUGUCAUAGUUCUGCUGGCUCCAGUCCAGUAUCACAUCGCUACCAAGCUGGCAGACACACAAAAGAGCACACUAGAACACUCAACAGAUCGUCUGAAAAAGACCACAGAGAUUUUAAAGGGCAUAAAGCUGCUGAAGCUGUACGCCUGGGAGAACAUCUUCUGUGACAGCGUGGAGGACACUAGAGGCAAAGAGCUCACGAGUCUUAAGACCUUCGCCUUCUACACAUCCAUGUCCAUCUUCAUGAACGCUGCUAUCCCCAUCGCUGCCGUUCUUGCGACGUUUGUGACGCAUCACUUCCUCAAUAAAGUCGGUCCCACUCCUUCUGAGGCCUUCGCAGCUCUGGCGUUGUUCCACAUCCUGGUCACCCCUCUGUUCCUGCUCUCCACUGUGGUCAGAUUUGCCGUCAAGGCUCUGGUCAGUGUCCAGAAGCUCGGUGAGUUUCUUCAGAGUGACGAAAUUGGAGACGACUGCUGGAGAAACGGAGACAUGUCUCUUUCCAUGGAAGCAGGAAAGAAACACCUGGGAGUGACCAAAGCCAUCAACAGGAAGCAGCCAAUGCGCUACCAGAUGGACCACUACGAGCAGCCGACCAGGCGACAGAUGAGGCCCACGGAGACAGAGGAUGUGGCUGUAAAGGUGAGCAAUGGAUUCUUCACGUGGGGAAGCAACCUGUCCACGCUGUCAGACAUCAACAUCCGCAUCCCCACAGGUCAGCUGACGAUGAUUGUAGGCCAGGUGGGUUGUGGGAAAUCCUCCCUGCUGCUGGCCAUGCUGGGCGAGAUGCAGACCAUCGAUGGAAGAGUCUACUGGAGCAAGCUGCCUGAUUAUGAGACGGCCCACGAGGGGAACAUAAGUUGGUCAGAGACAGAGGAGUCUGAAGAAGACAUCAGGAGCAAGAACAGAUACUCUGUGGCCUACGCUACCCAGAAGUCCUGGCUGCUCAAUGCUACAGUGGAGGAAAACAUCACCUUUGGCAGCCCAUUCAACAAACAGAGGUACAAGGCCGUGAUCGAUGCCUGCUCUCUGCAGCCAGACAUUGACCUGCUGCCUUUUGGAGAUCAAACUGAGAUUGGAGAGAGGGGCAUCAACCUGAGUGGAGGUCAGAGACAGAGAAUCUGUGUGGCCAGAGCUCUCUACCAGAACACCAACAUCGUCUUCUUGGACGAUCCCUUCUCAGCGCUGGACAUCCACCUCAGUGAUCACCUGAUGCAGGAAGGAAUCCUCAAGUUCCUGCAGGAUGAUAAACGGACUGUAGUCCUGGUCACACACAAACUGCAGUACCUCAUACACGCAGACUGGAUAAUAGCGAUGAAGGACGGCUCUGUGCUGAGAGAGGGGACGCUGAAGGACAUCCAGACUCAUGACAUUGAGCUUUACGAUCACUGGAAGACCCUGAUGAACAGACAAGACCACGGCCUGGAGAAGGACGUACAGCAGGACAGUCAAACAACACUAGAGAGGAAAACACUGAGGAGAGCUUUCUACUCCAGAGAGGCCAAGAACCAAAUUGACGACGAGGACGAAGAGGAAGAAGAGGAGGAGGAAGAUGACGACAACAUGUCCACAAUGACAAACAGAAGAUCAAAGAUCCCAUGGAGGGUGUGUUGGUGUUACCUGUCCUCUGGUGGCUUCCUCAUGGUCUUCCUGAUGGUGUCCUCUAAACUUCUCAAACACUCCGUCAUCGUUGCCAUCGACUACUGGCUGGCCAUCUGGACUUCCUCCAAAACCGAUCAGGCUAAUACAGGAACAGACGCGUCAAACGGAACCAGCCUGGCUGACAGUUUUAGUGGGAACGGCACGCUGCCAACGCCCACGCCCACGCCUAACCUGGUGGAUGAGGCCGACUCCCACUAUCUGCCCGUGUUUAUCGUCCUGUGUGCGGCUGGAAUCACGCUAUGCCUCAUCACCUCUCUCACUGUGGAGUUUCUGGGUCUGUCUGCAGCCACCAGCCUGCACCACAACCUGCUCAACAAGAUCAUCCACGCCCCCAUCAGGUUCUUUGACAUCACUCCCCUGGGACAGAUCCUCAACAGAUUCUCUGCGGACACCAACAUCAUAGACCAGCAUAUUCCCCCAACACUGGAGUCUUUGACCAGAUCCACGUUGCUCUGUUUGUCAGCCAUCGGGGUCAUAUCCUCCAUCACUCCACUCUUCAUGGUCGCCUUGCUUCCCCUGGGCGUGGCCUUCUACUUCAUCCAAAAGUACUUCAGAGUGGCGUCCAAGGACCUGCAGGACCUGGAUGACUCCACACAGCUGCCCCUGCUCUGCCACUUCUCUGAGACCGCUGAAGGGCUCACCACUAUAAGAGCAUUUAGACACGAGGCUCGUUUCAAGCAGCGUAUGCUGGAGCUGACAGACACCAAUAACACCGCCUACCUGUUUCUGUCUGCCGCCAACCGCUGGCUGGAGGUCCGAACGGACUACCUCGGAGCAGUGAUCGUGCUGUCAGCAGCAGGAGCCGCCAUAUGGAGCCCGAUGAAGUUGACCUGCGUAGGCCUGGUGGGCCUCGGACUUACGUACGCCCUCACUGUCACCAACUACCUGAACUGGGUGGUGAGGAACCUGGCAGACCUGGAGGUCCAGAUGGCGGCUGUGAAGAAGGUCAACAGCUUCCUCAGCACAGAGUCAGAGAACUACGAGGGAUCUAUGGAAGCCUCCCAGGUGCCUGAGAACUGGCCUCAGACCGGUGAGAUAAAGAUCCAGGACCUGUGUGUGCGCUACGACCCCAUGCUCAAACCAGUGCUCAAACACGUCAACAUGUACAUCGAGCCCGGCCAGAAGGUGGGAAUCUGUGGUCGCACCGGCAGCGGGAAGUCGUCUCUGUCGUUGGCCUUCUUCAACAUGGUGGAUAUUUUUGAAGGGAAGAUCGUCAUCGACGGGAUCGACAUCUGUAAACUUCCUCUGCAGACACUCAGGUCGCGACUGUCCAUCAUCCUCCAGGACCCUGUGUUAUUCAGCGGAUCAAUAAGGUUCAAUCUGGAUCCAGACAAGAUGUGCACUGAUGAUCGACUCUGGGAGGCACUAGAGAUCGCCCAGUUGAAGAACAUGGUGAAAGCUCUGCCUGGAGGACUCGACGCUGUCGUCACAGAAGGCGGAGAGAACUUCAGCGUCGGUCAGAGGCAGCUCUUCUGUUUGGCCCGAGCUUUUGUCAGAAACAGCAGCAUCCUCAUCAUGGAUGAAGCCACAGCGUCUAUAGACAUGGCCACGGAGAACAUCUUACAGAAAGUGGUGAUGACAGCGUUUGCAGACAGAACAGUCGUCACAAUCGCACACCGUGUCCACACCAUCCUAACAGCCGAUCUGGUCAUUGUGAUGAAGCGAGGGAACAUUUUGGAGUACGACAAACCUGAGACUCUUUUGGAGCAGGAGGACGGGAUGUUUGCUUCGUUCGUCCGGGCUGACAUGUAGACACACACGAGUCGGUCAGCAAGGCCCUAAAAACUCUCAAACUGAUGAGUCGGAUCAAUCUACUUAUUUUAGUUUUCUUAAUGAGGCGGACAGACCUCUGUGACACUACAACACUCCAGUGAAGUCUUUAACAAGAAGCUUCUCAGAUCCAGAAACAUCAUCUAUCACCAGUUUACCAGUCGAUAAAUUGUACUUGAAUCGUCAGUCGCCAAAUAAAUACAUAAUGCCUUUUUUAAACAUAGAAAUGACAUGAAGGAACACCGUACGUCAUCAUAUAUCAAGUCCAUCAGUAAGUUUAUCCAGUUUUCAUAUUGUAAAUCAGCAGAUACACAUAUCCAAAGAGUUUUUACUAUGUUAAAAAAUUAAGAUAUUUUUGGAUUAUUGAUAUUUAAGCAGCCAGUAUUAAGAGAGCUAAAAAAAAGCUACAUCUACACAUCUUGAUUUUGUCAGAGAUAACUUGAGCUAAAUAUAGCUGCAAGAUAACAGACUAAUAUCGUUCUUGUGGUGUAGGACUGAGAAUACUGAAAGAAUAUAGCCAAAAUUAUUCAAAAAUUAAUGUCAACAAAUCCUACGAAAAGAUCAAAACCACCAAUCGCUACAUGGACACUCAGCCUUAGUCUGUUUCUGAAUACUUCUUGACUUCUUGUCUGUAGCUUUCAGCCCUGAGCCCAUUGGUUCCUACUGAAGACUUUUUUGUAAAUGCUUACAAAUAUACAGUUACAUUUUAAAAAACAAAGCCUCGGUAAUUUUCUUAAAGAGCUUGUCACAGUUUUUAUCAAACAAGCAAGAGAAAACCGUGCAUUUGUCAGACCCCAGUACACACAAUACUUGUCAGUAGAUACAUUCACUAGUGGUUAUGUUUCUUUUCAUGGAUUUGUUGACAAUAAGAAAAAUAUAGAACAUCUCCAGACUGAUGAUUUGAAAGGGACUGAUAUAUUUCUCAUUCUGGACCCUUAUUUUCCUAUGUUCUUGUUCCUAAGUGACGAAUGGGAACAAUGGGUUUUGAGACUGGUCCAGUGCUGAGUCAGAGCUGCAAUGUGAUGACUCGGAGCAUAAGAUAUGCACCAUUAAUGUGCGUCCACUAUAAGUGUUUUUGUCACUGACACGCUCAGAUUACUCUGAGUUUCUGACACCAUUAUGGAAAGGAUCCCUAGAAGAGAUAGACCUUUUUGUUUAACCAGAAACAGGCCCGAAAUCCAUUCGUCUGUUUUCAACUCUUCAGUUGAAAACAGACGAAUGGAUUUUGUGUCACAAGUGUAGCAGGCUUAGCAAAGUGUUACUCUCCCCAGCAACACUUUCCAGCUCCUCCUGGGGGACCCCAAAGCAUUCCCAGGCCAGCUUUGAGACAUGUUAUCCCUCCAAUGGUCCAAAGAUCCCUCCACGACCUCAUUCUUUCAGUCACUACCUAGAGCUCAUGACCAUAGGUGAGGGUUGGGACGUAGA